GAGCAAUGAGGCCAAAGAGAAGAGGGAGUUGAAAGACGGAUGAUACAGAGGGAGGGCUGUGGGAUGUCAUGUGUAAAGAAAGAGAUUCUCAUUGGAGGCAAAGGGAGAGAAGAUCACUAUGUACGUUUGGAGAAAAGGGAAAAAGGGGAAUACAAAAAGCAUCCUACAUGGUGAAGCCAUCUUGGUCAGACGCUCAGGACUUCAUGAGCAACACUAAUUAUUAAUAAGUGUAGUGGCUUUGGAAAAGUGUUCUUUUAAAACAGGAUGAUGUCCUCCAAGCUGAAGUGGCUGAUUGUGAUCCAGCUCCUGCUGAAUGAACAGGCCUUGUGCAGGGUCCCACCUCCUUUGGUGCAAAAGAGCACUCUGCUUCCAGGAAGUGACACCCAUGAAGCUGUAGAGGAGGUGUCCAAACAGAAUCUGGACUCUCUCCUGGGAUCUCAAGUUCAGUCUGGUCUCUUACCUGAGGAAAAAUCUGAAAGAAUCCGAUCUGCCCAACGAAUGACAUCGGUCCUUGGGGCGAAGCUUCAGGAGCAGAUUCAAGCUCAUUUACACAUUCAGGGGAACAUCAGCUGUGAGGAGCUGCUGUCAGCCAGCGCUGUGGAUGACUCGCUGUCCUCCAUGUUUCCACAGGAGCUGUUGGGUCUCUCUUUGGUGCCUGUGUUGGUGGUGUCAGGGUGCCCAAAGGAAGCACAGACCCUGUUGCUGAAGCUGUAUGAUCUGCUGGGAGUGGCUGAUACAGAGGAGCUCCUGAUGGAGGUAGAAGGCCUAAUAGAGCGAAGGAUGAGUAAAUCAGCAGCUGCACCAACACCCACAUCAGCAUCAUUGCCUUCAGGGAGAGAUCAAACUCAGCGACACAUAAAAGCUGUGAUGUUUAACAUUGAGCAGCUGGCAUUCGUGGGAGAAGGCAACACUAUUCAGGAGGGGCACUGCGAGGGUUGGAGUCGAGUAAAUGGGACCGUGCUGAUAGGAAACGCUGUGGAGGGAGGCACAGGUGGACUGGAGGAUGCUGUGAGCAGCUGUGAAAGCCUGGGAUUCCUGUGUGCUGGUGUGACCAGCAGUGGGCGUCACACACCUGGGAUGUACCAGGCAGUGUGGAAAAAAGGUAGUCGCAUAUUGCCAUCUGAAUCCACAGAAUCUGAGACCUGGAUCCAUCAGUGCAGCGCCACAGCAGCAACUGGUCACCGGUGGAAGCGCAGCACCCAGAGGAACUGCAUCAACAAAAGCGAGCAGCGCGUGUACAGUGUAAUGGAGUGGAUCCCUGGAGUCAGCACACUCUAUAACCUUGGCACAGCUGUGUAUUACGCCUCAGUCAACUGUUCUGAAACAGCCAAGGAGAGAGCCAUCCUGAGCGCCGUUGACCUCGGAACAGAUGCCCUCAUGGUCGCCACGGGUGGGACUGCUGGGGUAGCAGGCUAUGCUCUGGGUGCAGGGGUGAAGACCGGCGUGAAAGCUGGGGUCAAGUAUCUGCUCAACUCCAUGAAGGAGGAAGAUGACAUGCUGGUGAACCAGUUCAGCGUGGAGGAGGGUGUCAUCACCAUAGACUGAAGAAUCAGUGAAUCACCCUCUUAAACUCUGGCAAUAAAUACUGACAUAGCUACAUGUGUAAAGAUAGAGGAUCAAUAAUUGAUAGCUUACCUGUUUGCAUAGUAACUAUUAGUGAUCAUUUGCAGUGCAAUUUUUCUUUUCUUUUUUUGUAAGUGUGUACACAAUGAAAGAAUAUUAUUAAGACAGAUUCCAAAUUGUCUGCAUAUAUAAAAUACUAAAAGAGAGACAAUGUAAGCUAACGAUGAAAUAAAAGUCAUUCCACAGAGUGAAAAAUGUCCACAUGAGCUGAAAACAGAUCCAAUAAUUUAUAACCUCAGAAAGUAAGCUUUAAGCCAUUGCUUAGAAAUAAUAUUUUAAGUAUAUACUUUAUAAAGUAGUUUACUAGUUAAUUGUAUUAGGCAGCAACACUGAUGACUGGUCUCAGGAAAGAAAACCUUCAGUCCCUCAACACUUUGAUUUUGCCCGUCUCUGUUUAUCAUCUUUUUUAUUUUUAAUUUGUCUCUUCCUUCAGCUGAAACCUACAGUCAGGUUGUCAGGUCGCAGUCAUAUUCUCAGCUCGGAUUUAAUUGCAGGGACACUAGCCUCAUGAUAAAAUAUUGUUGCUGUAUAUGUUUUCCUGUAAAUGUUAUUAAAUUUUACAUUAAAUUGGUGGCAGUGUAUAAUGUUA